AUGCAUUAUUUUGGAGUAUUAGCUGCACUGUCUGUUUUCAAUAUCAUUGCCUGUCUGACAAGAGGCAAGCCUUUGGAAAACUGGGACAAGUUAUCAGCUAUGGGAAAGUCUGACGCACCCAUUCAUGAUCCUGGGGAAGUGGAAGAUGAGACCCAUUUUGACUUUAAAUCUUUCCUGGAGAAUAUGAAGACGGAUUUACUAAGGAGUUUGAAUUUAUCAAGGGUCCCCUCACAAGUGAAGACCAAGGAAGAACCACCACAGUUCAUGAUUGAUUUAUACAACAGAUACACUGCGGACAAGUCCUCCAUCCCCGCAUCCAACAUUGUGAGGAGCUUCAGUACUGAAGAUGUUGUUUCUUUAGCUUCACCAGAAGAAAAUCCAUUUCAGAAACACAUCUUGCUCUUCAACAUCUCGAUUCCACGAUAUGAGGAAAUCACCAGAGCUGAACUGAGAAUUUUUAUCUCCUGUCACAGGGAAGUUGGGUCUCUGUCUAGACUGGAAGGCAACAUGGUCAUUUAUGAUGUUCUAGAUGGAGACCACUGGGAAAACCCAGAAAGCACAAAAUCUUUCCUUGUUUCCCACAGUAUCCAGGAGUGUGGCUGGGAGAUGUUUGAAGUGUCCAGCGCUGUGAAAAGAUGGGUCAGGGCAGACAAACUGAAGACUAAAAACAAGCUAGAGGUUGUUAUAGAGAGUAAGGCUCUGGGUGGUUUCACUUGUGGGAAGCUGGAUAUCAGUGUUACUCCUGACAAAAAAAAUCUGCCCCUGUUAAUAGUGUUCUCCAAUGACCGCAGCAAUGGGACAAAAGAGACCAAAGUGGAGCUCCGGGAGAUGAUUGUUCAUGAACAAGAAAAUGUACUAAAUAAAUUAGGAAAGAACAACACUUCGUCUGAAGAAGAACCACGAGAGGGAAAGGCCGUCACUGGGCCCCGCCGGCAUUCCUCCAGAAGCAAGAGAAGCAUCGUAGCCAACCACUGCCGGAGAACUUCCCUCCAUGUGAACUUCGAGGAGAUUGGCUGGGAUUCCUGGAUCAUCGCUCCCAAAGACUAUGAGGCUUUUGAGUGCAAAGGAGGUUGCUUCUUCCCUCUGACAGAUAACGUUACCCCAACAAAACACGCUAUUGUCCAAACUCUGGUGCACCUCCAAAACCCGAAGAAAGCUUCUAAGGCCUGCUGUGUACCAACCAAAUUGGAUUCCAUCUCUAUUCUGUAUAAGGAUGAUGCUGGGGUACCCACGUUGAUAUAUAACUAUGAAGGGAUGAAAGUGGCGGAAUGUGGCUGCAGGUAG